UGCAGGGAAGGAAAGAAGACCAUGGGGCGAUUCAUCUUCGUGAGCUUCGGCUUGCUGGUCGUGUUCCUCUCCCUGAGUGGUACUGCAGCUGAUUGUCCCUCUGAUUGGUCCUCUUAUGCAGGGCAUUGCUACAAGCCCUUCAAUGAAGCAAAAAACUGGGCCGAUGCAGAGAAAUUCUGCACACAACAGCACAGAGGCAGCCAUCUGGUCUCCUUUCACAGCAGUGAAGAAGUAGAUUUUGUGGUCUCGAAGACCUCCCCAAUUUUGAAACACGAUUUUGUCUGGAUGGGACUGAGCAAUGUCUGGAAUGAAUGCGCCAAGGAGUGGAGCGAUGGCACCAAGCUCGACUACAAAGCCUGGAGUGGACAAUCUGAUUGUAUCACAUCCAAGACAAGUAAGUCCAUGUGGUGGUGCACAUGGUGUUAGGUCAAGGAGGGUGCACUUCCCUCCAUGAGGACCCCAGAGGAUCCUUCUCGCAAACCCCCCUCCUUGGCCACUGGGGACCUUUCUUGACCUCCUGGAUCUCUGAGCUGCCUCAGUCCCACACUCUGCACAGACAAGGGAACACAACACAACCAUGGGAGAAACCGUUCAGAACGGGACUGGAGCUCUGUAUGAAAAUUAUUACGGGGCCAUCAGCUCAUAAUGCAACUAACAAGCUCCAUCUUAACCUUGUUCCGAAAGGCCAUCAUUGUCUCAGGGCAUCUGGCUUUUCCCCCCUGGUUUGCUUGCUCAGAUGUAGAUCAAUUUUGCAACACCCCAUUGCGGUGAGAAGAACCUCGGACACAUUUUGUCUGUGUGUCUGCGGGUGUGUGUAGAAGGGAAAUAUUAACACAU